UAAAAAAAGAAAAAAAUGUUUACGUGCAUAGCGUGCACAAAGCAAAUGGCGGAGGGAGGGGAAGAAAUUGAAGGAGCGCGAGGAAGUGGCACGCCUAGUACAAAAGAAGCCGUCAAAAGCCUGACGACGCAGAUCAAGGAUAUGGCAUUGAAAUUUUCUGGUGCUUAUAAGCAAUGCAAGCCCUGCACGGGCUCCAGCAACUACAAGAAAGGACAUCGACCUUAUCCAGAUUUUGAUGCUGCUUCAGAAGGGGUUCCAUACCCCUACAUGGGAGGAAGCUCUAGCUCAACACCUGCAUGGGACUUCACGAGUGCCAGUCAUCAUCCAGGAAGGUCAGACUCAAGAUUUACUGGGGUAUUCAGUGGUGACAGAACCCCUGGUGGUAUGGAGUCGAUCUCGGCCCAGGAUCUGGUGUUAGAAGAUGAGGAUGAGCCCAAGGAAUGGAUGGCACAAGUGGAGCCUGGGGUUCAUAUAACUUUUGUUUCUCAUCCUAAUGGAGGAAAUGAUCUAAAACGAAUUCGCUUCAGCCGGGAGAUGUUCAACAAGUGGCAAGCCCAGCGAUGGUGGGGUGAGAAUUAUGAUAGAAUCAUGGAGCUCUACAACGUACAGAGAUUUAAUCGACAGGCUCUACAUACUCCCCCAAGGUCUGAGGAUGAGAUACAAAGGGAUUCUUCUUACUCAAGGAUGGGAUCGGCAAUGGAGAGUCCUAUGGCUCAUUGGACGCCAAGAAACAACUAUAAACCAUAUGGGGGUAAAGGCUAUUUCCCACCAGACCAUAUGGACCAAGGUGGGGCCCAACAUUACAAUACUGGGCCAAGUGCUUUUGAUGCUUCACGGACCACAACCUCCUCUAGAGAUGAGCCUUCUGUUUCUGUCAGCAAUGCCAGUGAAAUGGAGGCAGAAUGGGUUGAACUAGAUGAGCCCGGGGUAUAUAUUACCAUCAGACAGUUGGCUGAUGGAACCAGGGAACUCCGGCGUGUCAGAUUCAGCCGCGAAAGAUUCGGAGAAGUAAAUGCGAAGCAGUGGUGGGAGGAGAACAGAGAAAGGAUACAAGCACAAUACCUUUAAAUUAAUAAUAAUUAUACACGAACAAAUGGUAGCAGCGGUGGAUCUAAAUUGCAGUUGGAAGUUCGCUUCAAUUUUGUUUUAAAACAUGUAGUAGUAGUGAUAAGAAUCAAUCCACUAUAGUGAAGUUGUUUCAUUACAGCUACAGGUAUAUGGGCUCUGUCACCUCUAGUGAUGAUGGAAACACUGAACUAACAAAUGUCAUUCAACUAAACAAACUAAUCAUGUCAUUCACGGUGACAAUCCGUUGAGGUUUUGUUUCGCAGCUGCUGGGACUCCAAACAAGCCCCUUCUAUUUUUGGUCUGCCAAUUUUUAGGGGUUCCUUUUACCACCUUAAAAGACCUUUCGGUCUUUAAGGUUUUUAUAUAUUGCGUUAUGUGCGUUUUUUUUUCUUUUUUAAUACAAACUUGAUACUUCGAAGAAAUGAAAUUGAAUCAUUUGUUGUUAUGUUAUGACAGCUGUACUUUAUGUUUGGAUGCGGUGCUGUCUUUUUUUAUUUUAUUUAAUGAGAAUUAAUGGACAUAACACGGUGGAAAUUAAGUAAACUACACACUACGGCCGCAACAGCCACUAGAGUAUUAGCCAAUUGUUUGGAGGCGAGACUUUUCACGAAGAACUGCUGCUGCUGCUGCCGCUGCUUGUCUUCUUUACAAUUAGCUCUUUGAACAUUAAAUAUUUGUUGUAUUUCUCUUCGCAAGUUUCUAGUACUAGUAUAUAUAGAUAAAAGAAUGCCACUAAUGCCAUCCUUAUAUUUUAACUAACGAGAAGAGCUGAUUUGCCCGUCAUAUAAAUUAUUUUUAAAAAAUUGAGCAUAUUCUAAUCCAUCAUUCAAUGCCGAACUCUACGGUGCUGAAAAGAUUUUAAAAACGUAGAAACUAGGCCAAGCAUUCUGUGGGCGUUGAAAUUCUGUAACAGUGUCCUCCCUUUAGUUUCUCCUACGUUUCCAACAGACCAAAGUCUUCCUCCAAACUAACCCCCUCCUUUCUGUUAAAUGGUUUAUUUAUUAUUAAUAAAUAUAAAAAAAUGAAGCAUCAAGUACAAUAACAUCUUAGACUUCUACAUCAUUUAUUUUUUCUUCAUCGGCUACUUUGAAUGGUGAUGCUAGAUUUACGCGAUGAAAUAAAUCCACCCACACAAAACAUUAUCGUGCACGUAGAUAUAUUGGAUCAAUUCGCAACGACGACGGGUAGAUGUAUCCUUUUUAACACAUCUUCCAAUUAUAUCAACUAGUGUCCUUGAGAUAUGAACAUGGGGGUAUAAGGAAAUUUCACCCGCUAAAAUUCGCUCCAAUCAUGUUUAAAAUCAAGAUAUUGAAAGGAAAAAGAAUAAAACAAUCAUUCACCAACUCACAC